AAGCAGAGAUCAGAUUCUGCUGCUCAGCUUCCCUGAUAAUCCAGAUUAUAAUCUCACAGAGAAACCCUCAAUAAUCAGGUUCUGACCGGUUCUGAUCGGUCCACAGCUUCCAGCAGAACCGUAUGGUACCACAGUGCUGGUUCUGCUUCUUACAGCUGUCCGGAGUUGUGCUGAGUCGUUUCUGUAGUCAUGAUGCUACAGGACAGACGGACUGUCACUGUAACCGAAGCUCCACCUGGUCUGCGUUCUGAUUGGCCGAUUCCUUCCUGGAGGCGGGGCAUCAGCUGGCAUGAUGCUGCCAUCACCUGAUCCUUCUCCUGAUCCUUUGUGUCUCUGCUCUGAUUUCUCCAACCUCCAGUCAGUCAAACGGAGGGCUGCUGGUUCUGGUUUCUUCCUUUUAAAGGGGAGUUUUGCCUGUGCACUGUCGCCCCCUGCUGGUCCGCAGUGAUUUUGCUGCUUUUCCUUAGAAAUAAAUGGAGCUCUGAGCACCGGACCGGCCUGGACCGUACUGGACUGGACUGGGCCGGACUGUUCUUGUCAGUAAAGACCGCUGAGCGGAGUGUUGCUACAGCCUGAAUCUGUUUAUCUGACCCAAUGGAUCCUGCCGGCGGUUCUGGUUUAUCUGGUUCUGAUUUAUCUCCUGCUGCUAUUUCAGUUUUCUUCCAUGUUUGGUCCUCGGCUGUCUCUCUCUCUCUCUCUCUCGCCCAUCUGCAGCGGCUAUAAACCGGCCCGCGGCGCCUCGCCUCCAUCUGCGGCGCAGCAUGGCUCCAAAGAAGGUAGAGGCCAAGAAAGCGGAGGUGAAGAAGGUGGAGGCCAAGAAGGAGGAGGCGGCGCCCCCGGCCAAAGCCCCGGAGCCGGAGCCCCGGGCCCCGGAGGUGGACCUGCGCAGCGUGGUGGUGGAGUUCAGCCCGGACCAGGUGGAGGAGUUCCGGGACGCCUUCUCCCUGUUCGACGAGACGCCGGGCGGCGAGAUGAAGAUCAGCUACGCCCAGUGCGGCGACGUGCUGCGGGCGCUGGGGCACAACCCGACCAACGACGAGGUUCUGAAGCUGCUGGGCCGACCCAAAGCCGAGGAGAUGCACGCCUCGCUGCUGGACUUCCAGGCCUUCCUGCCCAUGCUGCAGCACGUGGCCCGCGCCAAGGAGCAGGGCAACAUGGAGGACUUCGUGGAGGGGCUGCGCGUCUUCGACAAGGAGGGCAACGGCACCGUGAUGGGGGCGGAGCUCCGCCACGUCCUGGCCACGCUGGGGGAGCGCAUGACGGAGGACGAGGUGGACCGGCUCAUGGCGGGCCAGGAGGACGCCAACGGACACGUCAACUACACCGAGUUCGUCAAGCACAUCCUGGCUGGGUAGCAACCAGCGGGGGAGGGGCCACGGCGCUGCGCCUUAAUAAAACACCUACAGGUCUG